UUCUGAUUCACUACAAGCAUCGGCUCUCAGAGCCCAAGUAGAGCCGCAUCUUUUGCGCAUGACCCAUCACUACCGCGAAGCCUUUUCAAAAUUGCCCGCGCUGUGCACGACUGUCUGCGCGUGCUGCAUGUUGUUGUUGAAGUCGUGUGUAACUAGGACUACGACUCUGACAUUACAAUGAAGGUUUGUAAGGGAGCAUCAGACAGAAGUGGCCUUGUGGCUGUUAUCUUUUUCUUGUUGGGAAUGGGAACUCUGCUUCCAUGGAACUUCUUCAGCACUGCAAUAAAUUAUUUCACUGACCGUUUGAAAAAUGGUACAAAUUCUACUCAGACUGACACUUACAUGUUUGGUAACAUGAGUGUGCUGUUAGCCCAGCUUCCCUUGCUGCUAUUCACACUUCUCAACUCUUUUCUAUACCAGCACAUUGCAGAGAAGAUUCGUAUUGCUGGCAGCAUGGUCUUCAUAUUACUACUCUUCAUUCUUACGGCCAUUUUAGUGAAAGUUAAGAUGGACCAGGACCACUUCUUUUCCAUUACAAUGGCGACAAUUUGGUUUAUUAACAUGUUUGGGGCUGUGCUGCAAGGUAGUCUAUUCGGUCUGGUCGGUAAGCUGCCUCCAAGAUUCAGCUCCCUGUUCAUGAGUGGACAGGCAGUGGCAGGAAUCUUCUCUGGUAUUGCCUUUCUGUUAUCGAAUAUCUUUGAAACUGACUCUGAGAGUUCUGCCCUGGGAUAUUUCAUAAUCCCCUCUGUCGCCACCCUACUUAAUUUAUGCUGCUACCUCGUACUUCCGCAUCUGAGAUUUGCCCAACUUCAUUUGGAAAAUGUGUCCACUAAAACUACGUUGAAAGAACCAUCACCAAAUAGUUCUGAGAUUGUUAAAGUGAAGUUGAAUAAUUUUGACGAUGGAUUUGACGACAUUGGUGAAACUGAAGCAUCUAAAAAGCUGAAUGAGGUCAAACAGGACCUGAAUGAGGAGAAGUCAACUGUGCCACAAGUCUUCAAAAAGAUUUGGGUGAUGGCUUUAUGUGUGACAUGCGUGUUUGCCGUCACACUGUCCGUUUUUCCAGCAAUUACUAUAAAUACAAAACCUUCUGGCUUAUUUGAUGGGAAAGAUAACAUCUUCGCACCUUUGUGUUCAUUCAUUGUCUUCGGUGUGAUGGACUGGAUUGGCAGAAUUCUCACUUCUCGUCUUCAGUGGCCUUCAAUGAAGAGUCAUUUAUUUCCUUUUUUUGUGGUAUUACGGGUAGUUUUCAUCCCUGCCCUCAUGCUCUGCAACAUUCAGCCCCGCUUCUAUCUCCCAGUCUUUUUCAAUCAUGACAUGGCUUAUAUCAUCAUCAUGUCUUUGUUUGCCAUGACGAGUGGAUAUUUUGCCUGCCUCUCCAUGAGCUAUGCUCCACAGAUGGUGAGGCCUAAAGAUGCGGAGACAGCAGGAGCUCUGAUGACCUUCUUCCUGGCUUUGGGACUCUCUCUAGGUGCCACUUUCUCUUUUGGCCUUAAAAAAAUUAUUUAGGGAAGAUCCCACAGGCUGAUACUUCUGUCAUCUCAUUAUCCCACCAACCUGAACAAGUUUCAACUGACUGUUGUUUUGUGCACAGUUGAGUAUGCAAGCUUUUCAAAGUAUACUCCAUUGUGUGUGUGUGUGUGUGUGUGUGUGUGUGUAUAUAUAUUGCACAUUUGGUGCAUGCAGACUAGUGGCACUUACAUUCAAGCAUCCAGACACAUUCAUUGUUGUCCUUAUUAGCAAAAAAUGAGUGCACAGACAUCAGCAGACUGUACAGAUGACAAACAUGUAUAAAAUAGUUAUUCUUUUGGCUUUAUAGUCAUGGUUUCUGAAGAUCCCAUAAAGAAAAAGGGAAAAAAAAUAGAUACUGUAGAUGUAAACUUUUCUCUUAACCUUUUUUUUUAUUAAUGUGUCUGUAUUUUAUAACUUGCAUUUCCAUGGAGUGUUUUUUAAGGGAAGUUUUUUUACCUUUAACUUGUUUAAUAUUUUUUCUUUUGUUAUUUGCCAUCAGUUUUGUACAUUAAUUUUUAGAUCAAAUGUAUGUUUUUAUAUGUGGUGUGUUUUUAUUUAUUUUUAUUGGUGUUUUGUGUGUUUUAUUUGUUGUUGUUUAACUUAAUUUUUAAUUAAAAUUUUUAAAAUAUAGCAAACACUUCAUGUGGAAUCGCUUCACCUUCAACCAGUGGGUAACUGCAGAAACCCCAGUCAGGAACAGGUUAGAUUUGCUGAUGCC